AUGCAGGGUAUUGUUGAAAAGUUAAUUGCUAUAUAUCCUGACGCUGAUGUCGAAUAUUUACGUUAUUGUACUAAAUUUUACAAAGAUAAUCAUGUUGAACGAAUUAGUGAAAAAAUUCUUAAUCAUAAUAAAGGACAAUAUCCCAAAAUUCCUGAAGGAUGUCAUGAAUCAAAUUGUGUAAAUGCCAAGAAUAUUUUCCUUAAACAAUUAAAUGAAAUAUUUCCUGAUUGUGAUGUUUCUUUCUUAAGAGAAAAGAUUUGUAAUUUAGAUAAUAAUCAUGUACAACAAGUGAUAGAUACUUUAUUGGAUAUGGAAAAGAAUUCAAAAAAUUAUCCUCGUAGAUUAAAUACUUCAGUUAUAGAAAAUUGGGAAUUUAUUAGAUCCCCAGAAUAUAAUAAAGCAGUUAGAUAUAGAUUAUAUAAUGAUUUUCCGGAUAUUUGGAAAUCAACUAUUAAAGCAGUUUUGGCAGAAAAUAAUUUUGAUUAUCGUAGAAGUUUUUCUAAACUUAAAGAUUUUAGUUCUCAAAAUUGGUGGAAUUCAAUAUUUAAUGUAUUUAAAAGAAAAGUUUAUAAAGAAUUUGAUGAUUCAGAAUUAGAAGAAGAUAUUAAAAAGAUAUUAACUGUACAAUUAGAACAACAAACCAAAGAAGAUUAUGAAGUUGCGAAACAAGUGAAUUUUUCGGAAUACACCAAUAAUGAUCAAUUAAUUACUUGUGGUUGUUGUUAUGGGGAUUACACUUUUGAAGAUUUAAUAGGUUGUAGUGAAGGUCAUUUGUUUUGUAAAGAAUGUAUUAAUCAUUUAGUUCAAGAAGGACUUUAUGGUCAAGGUUCAUUACGAGGAAAAAGAAUUAAUUGUAUAGAAUCUGAUGGAUGUGAUGGUUACAUUACGGAUGAUCAACUUAAAAUCACUUUAUCAUCAGAAGUUUUUAAAAAUUAUUUAGAAUUAGUUAUAGAACAUUCUUUAAAACAAGCAAAUUUAAUACUCGUACAAUGUCCAUUUUGUUCAUAUUGUGAAGUUGAUGAUGAUGAUCCUUUCCGUAAUUUAAAGUCUUCAAAAACUAUUAUUAUGAUUGCCAGUAUUCCAUUAGCCUUGUUACCACUUUUUACUUCUUUUGAAAAUAUUAUGAGUUUUCUUAAUGUUGCUGCCAUAAUUGUUGUACCUCAAAUAGUAUUGGGAAUGUUAGGAGUACUUCCUAUAAAAUCUUGGAUUGAAGAUAUUGAUAAUAUCAUUAGAAGGAACCCCGAAUGUUCCAAAUCAUCUUGUUUAACAUGUAAUCGAGAACAUAAACCAUUUCAUAAAUGUUAUGAGCAAGAACAAGAUAAUUUACGAUUAUUUGUUGAAAAAGCCAUGGCAGAAGCAGUAAAGAGAACGUGUCCAAAAUGUCAUGUAUCAUUUACCAAGGCAGAUGGUUGUAAUAAGAUGACAUGUCGUUGUGAGGAUGAAGAAAUAGUGAUAAAAGAAGCAGCCGCAAAGGCAAGAGCUGAAUAUAUUAAAUUACAUCCCGAAGCAAAGGAUGUAAAUUUUUUAGAAAAUACAGCAAUUGGACCCGUUAAAAAUGAUGAUGAAAAAUUGAUUAGAGAAGCAAUUGAAACAGCCAUUGAGAAGAUUGUUGAAUAUUUAUUACCUCAAUAA